AGCAGAUGGAUAUUCUAGCCGAAUUGGAGGAGUUAGAUAAUGAGCAGAAGGCAUCCAGUGCUAUAGAAAGACAAGAACGUGAACAACAAAAGUUGCAGCAGGUCCUGGAGGUCGUUCAAAAUGAAGGUCUUCUGCCAACAGUCAAGGUCAUGUGUGACUGGAUGCGAUCCCAGGCAUCCAUCAUCUCUGUGUGUGCCCAGAGUUCCUAUAACUUAUGGCAGAGGUUGUCAGUGCUUCUCAACUUCCUGCCCCAUGAGAACGACAUUGUGCAGCACAGCAUGUGCUGGGUGCCAGAGUUACAGGUGAUCGUCAAGCAGACCCAAUUCCCAGACUGGACCCAGGUGUUCCCGUUGACUGAAGACAUUGAGUUGUGUCAGCUACCGCCGCUGGCAGACAUACACUCACAAAUCGAUUUCACCACCAGGCACAGAGCACAGCUGUCAGACAUUCAGGAAACAUUUCUUCGUGUUUGCUGCCUUCGCCACUUUGGUUACUUCCUGACCUCCAUAGAGAGCAUUGACUUCACAUACCAGACGGAUACUUCCAUGUUCUUUGGUCCAUCAUCAUCAUCAGACCUCACAUUGAACAACUGUAGUCAGGACUCCAUGGAAAGAAUGAAAGACACAGAGAACAGACGCAAUCAGCUGAUGAGGGACAUGGCACAGCUCAGGCUUCAGGCUGAGGUGAAUGAACUAGAAGGCAGCCUGAAAACCUCAGAACAUUGGGUGUUCCCACCCUAUGUGGUUGCAGACGACACUGCACUGUGCAACUACCUGGCCAAGGUCAAGGAACUGACACAGACUGCCAGGUGCAUUGUGGUCAUUCCUAUGGCAGUUGUGGACAGUCUGGACAUGCAGAAGAAAGACAGUGCUAAUGCCAGGGAGGUCAUCCGUUGGCUGGAGGCUCAGCUGAGGCGAGGCAACAGAUACAUCCGGGCUCAGAGGUCCAAGGAAACCUUGUCACUGAAUCAGUACGGCGUACAUAAAAAGAAGAACAGAGAUGUUUGGUAUAUACUGGAACUACUGGGCUGUGCUAGGUAUCUGGCACAGCAGACUGGCUCUUUCACUGGACACAGUGUGGUGGCUAUCGUCACAGGCCGUCAGAAGCUGAUGGCCACACCACUUCCCCCGGUCAUACAGCAGAUCAAGUCUCAAGCGGAACAAGAAGGUGUCACCAUAGAAACAAUGGUGGACUUUGGCAACCAAUGGAAAUCUGUGUUACAACAAACUGGGCAGGGGUGA